CACUGUAAUUCACUGGCGUUAAAUGUGAAGUGUCUGUAUACUGCUGCUAUUCAGAGAGCCGUCUGCACGUCCAGCACACCUCGCGCCUUGUCGAAUUAAAGUAAUAAGGCCGAGCCUCCCUUAGCCCAGCUCAGUGACAGUGACAGAGACAGAGCUCGAUCACCCAGUCCCACACGCACACACACACUCAUGGAUCGCAUGGAGCUUCAGAAGGUCAACACCCAGGCGGAUGAUGACAGCACAGACAGCCUGGACGAUCAGCUCACCGAGCCCAUCGACUCCGAGAAGGCCACCAUCAACAGUCAAUACUGUGAUGAAGAUGAUGCUGAGAGUCAGAAGUUUCUCACAAAUGGAAUUCUGAAGAAAAAGAAGUAUGAAGAAUACCAUGAAGAAUAUCACCCGGGACACACCUCCUUUGGGAUGUCCGUAUUCAACCUGAGCAAUGCCAUCAUGGGCAGUGGCAUUCUGGGACUGUCCUACGCCAUGGCCAACACUGGCAUCCUGCUGUUCGUGCUCCUUCUCCUGGGUGUGGCAAUAUUGUCCCUGUAUUCUGUGCAUCUGCUGCUAGUGACUGCUAAGGAGGGCGGGUCACUGAUAUACGAGAAGCUGGGAGAGAGAGCUUUUGGGUGGCCUGGAAAAAUUGCUGCAUUUGGGUCCAUAACGCUGCAGAAUAUUGGAGCCAUGUCCAGCUACCUCUUCAUUGUGAAGUACGAGCUGCCCGAAGUCAUUCGAGCAUUUCUGGGCCUGGAAGAGAUCUCUGGUGAGUGGUACCUGAAUGGAAACUACCUGGUGGUGCUGGUUUCCAUUUGCAUCAUCCUGCCACUGUCUCUCUUAAAAAACCUUGGUUAUCUCGGCUACACCAGUGGUUUCUCCUUGUCCUGCAUGGUCUUCUUCCUGGGAGUGUUGAUCUAUAAGAAGACGCAGCUGCCAUGCCCGCUUCCCUUUUUCUACCACCACUCCUCCAACCUCACACUGAAUGGCUCCCAUCUCUCACCGCUCGCACUCCAGAACAGCACAUGGGUGAUGGGCUUCUCUCACGCGGAAACAGGCACCCACCUGGACCUGCCAGCUACUGUGCCGGUCGUAGGCAUCCAUAACGAUCCUGAUCCUCAUAACCAUGAUGACGAGGACAUGUGCCGGCCCAAAUACUUUGUGUUCAACUCACAGACAGCGUACACUGUCCCCAUUCUGGCAUUUGCCUUCGUGUGCCAUCCAGAGGUCCUGCCCAUCUACAGCGAGCUGAAAGAUCGCUCUCGGCGGAAGAUGCAGAACGUCUCCAACCUGUCAGUCCUUGCCAUGCUGAUAAUGUACAUGCUGUCAGCCUUGUUUGGAUACCUCACCUUCUAUGAAAAUGUGGAAGCAGAGCUUCUGCACACCUUCACCAAGGUGUAUAAAUUUGACACACUGCUGCUCCUGGUGCGCCUGGCGGUGCUAACAGCUGUCACACUCACAGUCCCAAUCGUGCUCUUCCCUAUUCGAUCCUCCAUCAUGACUCUAGUGUUCAGUAACCAAGAAUUCAGCUGGAUUCGGCACUUCCUCCUUGCUGCUGCUAUCCUCGUCUUUAACAACCUGCUGGUGAUAUUCGUCCCAACCAUUCGCGAUAUCUUUGGUUUCAUUGGGUCGUCUGCUGCCACCAUGCUGAUCUUCAUCCUGCCGGCAGCCUUCUACCUGCGGCUCAGCCCUGGUCCUAUGCGUUCACCCCCAAAAAUCUCCGCUGCAGUGUUCUUGGCUGUGGGAGUGGUCUUCAUGAUCGGAAGCCUUUCACUGAUUGUCCUGGACUGGAUUCACAACCCUCCUGGCUCCGGGAGUCACUAGAGUCAUGUGAAUGAGGCCACCCCUGUCCUGGGGGGACUCCUCUGCUAAUGGGGUGUCAAAUGGCAGAUCCCAAAGAGCCUAAAGACUGACCAGCCGAGUGUUUCUGUACUACAAAAGGGCGUUCCCCAGAACACGCCUGUCCAAGAGUAAGGAGGGUUUCCUCUCUGUCUCAUCCUCACUUUAGUCAAGUUUUUGUUGGAAAUAAAUGUGUGUGUGUGUGUAUUGUCUAGCUCUAAGCGUCUACCUUGCAGUGUAGCUGUUGAAUAAGGAGGAGAGGCCCAUGUUCACACAUUGAGUACUGAAUGUUAUUCCCAGGAGAAAAACAGGUGGCAUUACAUGCAGCUUUUAUGUAAUCCUCUAAUUGAAUAGGUCAGAACUAGCAGUGACCUGAGCUGUAACUUAGCAGCAGCUAGAAAAAAGCCAACUGGACCAAAGGUUUUCUUGUUCAGGUUCUAUUUCAGGUUCAGAUUCUGUUUCUGGUCUGUGGCUGUUUCUAGUUCUGGUGGCUACAAAUUUUUCAUUGUGUCAAAUGCUUUGGAGAUGGGAAAUAUUUGUUUUUUUAGAUGAAGUAUGUACACACAUGUAAACACCAUUCAAGGAGCUAGCCAGUCUUCCUGUGCUUUGUUGUCCUCCUUGACCAACAAAGCCUUACUGUUUAUGGCAAACACAGUAUAAAUUAUGAUUAUUAUUAUUAUUAUAUAUGUCCAAACAUUCUGUUAAGAUGCUAAGAAGCUACACUUUUUUAAAUUGUUUAGCUAAUGUUCAAAGCAAACUGCAAUCUGGUGCAGUUGGAUAGGCUUUUAAUAUCAUGCCACCCUCUGCUAAUACUUUUUGUGUGUUACAGGGUGUUUCACUCUGAGUGCUCCUGCUACAUGUGCCACAUGACAGGAGAUGGCAUACUCUGUAACACAAGGCAAAACUCAGAAGACAAAACUGGUGUAUUUUUAUUAUUUUUGUUUGAAAGUUAUAAAUAGCUUUGGUAUUUCAUUUUCAUAAAUUGGAAUCAAUUUCUUGGCUGGCUUCCUGAGAUUGAGACUGCAUUAGAUACUCCUGAAACUGGCCAGAAUUGACAGUAGAGUGCAGGUGAGGAUCCAAGCAUCACAGCAUAUCAGAGGGCAUACCAGUAACUUGGUUCACUGUAUUAUACUGUAUAGCUAUUUAUGUAGUCAUGCCAGCAAGGUUUUUAUUUUAUCAAAUUCAUUUGAAUGUCCUGAAAUUCAGAAUGUGAAGGACUGCUGUAAGCUACUGAAGGAAAUAUUAUGUAUAAUUGAGCAGGGAUUACCUCUUGUAAAAAGUAUCAUUUUAACAUGUCUGUUUUUUAACAUAACGAGACUGCCCAAAGUGCCUCGUUGUGAAAUAGCCUCACAUGGUAAGAUAGCGGGUAAACUCCUGUGCUGCUUCCAGCAAAAGCGCUUAGGCUCCCUCUGUGUCCCCCCACAAGAGUCUGUCCUGGUUUACCUUAUGAGAUAUGGGAGGCUCUCAGUCUCCAAUGGUAGGCAGUCCCCCACUGGUAGCUCUGUCUGGGCUGCCCCACCUUCUUGCUUUUUCUGCUGAAAAUAAGUGAAGAGAAAGUACCAUUUGGAACAUAAAACUGUAUCAUGAAAUAUGUAUCUGAAAUGAAUGCUAGUGGUUAUUUGAAAAAAUGGUGUUGGAUGUGGUUCUGGGGUUAGAAGGUAAGGUGUGAAGCUGGCCUGAAGUCACCAGUGAAGGAAGCCCUUCUGCACAUACAGUGUUAUCUCAUCCUCAUUCUCAGUGACUUUAAGGAGUUUGGCCAUAUCAGCAAAAGCGAUUUCCAAAUGCCAGAAUAAAUCUGCAGUAAUAGUUCACAUGACCUCUUUGACUCCACAGACAAUUCAUAAAUUGUAACAGUAACAGUAACAAUAACAGUAAUCAUGAUCAGAAUGACUCUUUGCGUGCAUUUAAAUAGCUUUUUAGAAAGUAGGUCUUUGACACCACUUGAUAAACAUUCUCUGUGGUCAGAGCCAAAUUAUUACUAUAAGUAUUAUUUUAAAAAUUGCCCACUAUUAAAAAAAUGCAUGUUUUAAAAACUCAUUGAAAGUGACUUAAUAUCCUGAAAUUGAAAUGACAUUUUUAAUGCAUUCUCAGAUAGCCAUACAGUGACUUGUAUCCCGGGUAGUUAUUCCGCCUUUCUGAGUAGGUAUGUGCACAUACUGCCUGCACAGUGUGCCCUGCUAACUCAGAGAGGUUUUUGUGUGCUGAAUAGAGCCUGACAAAAUGGACAAUAUUUAUAGAUCUUUUGUAGAUCUACAUAUUCAUGAAACAAAUGGAUAUUUCACAUGAAAUGGUUUAAUAUUAUGUGCAUGUGUUAUCAUUACAUACAUGGUCUUUUUUGACGAUUGUAUAUGUACUGUAAAUAGACUACUUGGUACACUUAUGUAAUUAUUGUACGUGGGUUAGUAAGUUUUGUGCCACAAGUUUUUAACAUCUUACUCAUCUUCUGUAUCUUUUAGCCCUUUUGUCUGACAGAACUGAGUUUUCUGGUAUUGCUUUCCUUCAGUCUUUGUUUUGUAUGUUACCCCCUGUUUGCUUGCUAACAUGACAUGCUAAUGGGAUUGCAUAGCUUGUUUUGCUAGUCCUGCUUUGCCACUGUUGGUGACUGGCUUUAUAAUGGUAGUCCCCAGUGUUUACUCUGCACAAUCCAGCACUGGGAGCAGGUCAUUGCAUCUGUGUGUGAUGUAGUGUUGUGAGAACGGUUGCUGCACCCAGGCACCCAGGCAGGUGGUGCUGAAAUGCCAUAUUAAGGUUGCUCAUUCAAAUCUCAGUGUGGUUCCCCUUGAAUACUGGUGUCUGCCUGGCAAUAUAUAAAUAUUAAUCUUAUGAAGUCACUGUAGAGCACUCCUGAUUUUCGUUUUAGCAUACAUCAGUGUACAGCACCUCAGCAUGAAGCAGUCUUUGGAAACCCACCCUUCCUGGUUUGAUAACCUGGCCCUCCCCAUAUAGUGAUAAUGCAUGACAAUGUGGAGUUCAAAUUAUGCAAAAAUGUAAAAAUGAAUGCUUUUACUGUCCAGGGUCUGCAAGGCCCAGGGCAGACCUAUCGGUAUGUAUAAUUAUUUUCAUUAUUAUAAUUUUACAGUCAUUUGGAAAUAGUAUAUUUAGUGUUUAUGCAUAAUAGGCUAGAUGUUGAUGGACCAGAGAGGCAGUGUUAAAAAAUUGACAGUCAUAUGAAUUUUAUCAUUUUAUAUGUACAGAUGUCAAUGGGUGUUUUUGAAAACUUGUACUGGACACUGAGAAUUGUAUACAGCUUUCUAUCACCACAGUUUUUAAAACAUUUUCUAUGCUUUGAAAAUCUGUGCCUUUGCCUACCUUGAGAAUAUUUGUUUGCCUUCCCACUGUGGCAUCGGUCAUCUAUGACACUGCAAACUUUUAAAAAAAAAAAACUGACUUAUUGUCACAGCUGUUGAACAUCAUUGCAAGUUUUAGUGUCCUCUCUCUUGUGGUACAACUCAAAUUCAGUUUUAUAUUUGCUGGAACAAAGGUUUUUGUAUCAGUGAAACUUUCGAUA